AUGUCAACAACCCAAUUUGUAUCCAGAGAUGAAUAUAAGCAACAAAAAGCAUUAGAAGAAGCCAGAAAAGCAGGAAAAAUUCCCGCCCAAUUAGAUGAAGAAGGAAAAGAAAUAAAUCCCCAUAUGCCCCAAUAUAUAACAGUUGCACCAUGGUAUUUGAAUCAAACAUAGCCAUCAAUGAAACAUUAAUAUUUUUUCAAAGGAUAAGAAAGAGACGAUGAUUAAUAAUGGUAUGCAAGAGGCCAGAAAGGAUUUUAAUCAACAAAAUAUAGAAAAGGAGCAUGUGAAAACUGUGGAGCAUUAACACAUACUAUAAAGGAAUGUUGUGAACGUCCAAGAAAAAAAGGAGCAAAACUUACUGGCCAAAAUAUUGCUGCAGAUGAUAUUAUUAUGAAUUUAAAUUUUAGUUAUGAUGCCAAAAGGCAUAAUUGGAAUGGAUAUGAUCCGGAUGAGUAUAUGCAAAAAAUAAAGAAUAUGAACUUGUAGAAGAGAUACGAAAAAAAAAACAAGAACAAGAACUUGAAGCAUCUGCAAAUGGAAAAUAUGAUGACGGAACAAGGGAAUAAAAUGAUCGUUAAGGCCUAAUUAUAUAAACAGUAGAUCCGAAAACGAAAACAUCAUCAAUGGAUUUGA